AUGCAGGUGGAGUCCAACAUAGUCCAGGACUACGCCGCAGACCCUGCCAAGCUCUCUCUGAACUGGUUUGACGACGACGACGAGAUGGCGGGCGGCGACAGCAUAGUCGCCCAGGGCUACUCCGCCGUCGUCGAUUACCUCGUGGGCGUCGUGAAGUCCAAGGGAGGCAAGAUCGCGCUGGGGGCACCCGUGACCGCCAUCACCUACAACAGCGGCGGCGUGACGCUCACCCUCGCACGCCCUCGCACCGCCACGUUCCUCGCGUUGCUUGCACCGCAAAUUGGGGCGGAGGUCACCGCCGGCGGCACGGAAUACGCCGCGCCCUUUGCCAUCGUCACCCUGCCCCUGGGCGUCCUCAAGGCAAAGACCGUGAAGUUCACACCCAAGCUGCCCGGCGCAAAGGCAAACGCAAUCGCCAAGCUGGGGAUGGGGACGCUCAACAAAGUGGUCCUCCAGUUCCCGCCCGCGUCGUCCUGGCCGGACGGCAACUGGUUCGAACGCAUGCCCCUGCAGUCUGACAAGGGCAGGUGGCGCGAGUUCUUCUCCCUCCGCACCAUCACCCGCGCGGCCGGCGCCGAGCAGCCGAUCAUCGUCGCGUUCAACGCGGGCAGCCCGGCCGAGUACCCUGCCUCCACAUCCGAUGCCGCCCUAGUCACCGCCGCCGUCAACACCCUGCGGGCCAUGUUUGGCGCGGCCAACAUCCCCGAGCCCGUCCAGACCUGGGUCACCCGCUGGCACUCGGACCCUUACUCAUUUGGGAGCUACAGCUCUGUCCAGCCUGGCGCCAAAGGCAGGGAGAGGGCGGAUCUGGCUGCCACAACAGCGGGGCGGUUGUUUUGGGCGGGGGAGGCGACGCACCAACGCGUGCCCGCAACGGUGCAGGGCGCGUGGCUGAGCGGCGCCGCCGCGGCCGCUGCGGCCGCGGCUGCUUUUUGA